CUUCUGCUCAUGUCCUCCGGUGUGAACUACGAGUGAACUUUAUUGCUCUCUAUAACUCAGCUUUAAGUUUUCCAUUUUUGCUUUCGGAUGAAAAUAAUAAGGAAAACCGAAGCUUAUUCUUCUGCCUACAGUGAGGUUAGAUCUGAUUGCUAGUGGGGACACUGGUGAGUUCUAUUAUGUCAGUCUGGCUUUUGUGUGCUUUGCUUUCUUCUCUGAUUUGCACAACGGAACAGGACGGGCAUCCACUUUCUAUAAAAGAGGUGAACGUGUAUGCAGAAACAGACACCCAUGAUAAUGGUGCAUGGGUGUUGAAUGUUGAAUGGAGAGAUGGGUUUGCUGAAAAUAAUGAAUCCAUGGAAGUCAGCUAUGAGGUGCAGGUUUAUCAUACUGAAAAGAUGAAUCCUGUUCACAAUGAAACCGUACACGUGACGCCAAACAAUACAACCCAUCAUCACUGGAAAUGGACCUCACCUAUACCAUUGCAGUGCACUUCCCAUUCGGUUAGACUUAGGCGUCGAGAUCAGGAUCACACUGGUGAAUGGACACCAUUAUACACGUACAAAGGACAAGAUCUUAUUGCCACAAGAUUAAUUGUCUAUCCUCGUGAUCAUGUUUUCAUGGUUGGGAGUACCAUCACAUUUUGUUGCAUCUUCAAGACCGCUCCAUCGCCCGAUUCUAAAUUUCAAAUCUGCAUCAGUAACAGGACAUACAUCACAAAACCAGUUCACUUUCUCAGCCCUUCGGAAGCAACUUCAGACAUACUUUGUAAUGAUAAAGGAGGCAAUUCAGCAGGCUCUUCAGUAUUUAUUGGCUAUCCUCCAGAUGACCAGAAUCUUACAUGUAUGACACGGGAUCUCAACUCUGUAGAAUGUCACUGGAAUCGUGGUCGAAAAACCUACCUGGACGGUACUAAAAAGACAAUCUACACACUUAAUGGAAGAGAUUGCGAUUUCGAUAAAUGUGUCCUGCCUGCGGUGCCAAAGCAGGUGACAAUCUGGACUCUGAUUGGCAAAAAUCCCCUUGGUGUGAAGACUCUCACGGAUACAGCAGACCCCACACAUCGGGUAUGGUUGAGAGCACCCAGUAAAGUAUCCUAUGCUGCUUAUGCAAGAAAUGUCACUCUUCUGUGGAGUUGGAACGUGAAAAAUUAUAUUUUAUUUCCGAUGAUUUGUCAAGCGAUGCUCAACGGAAGCAUUUACAAUAAAACCUUCAAUGGACUGGGACUUUCAUCAAUUGUCAUUGUCCAUCUGCAGCCCUUUGCUAAUUACACAGUUAAAGUGAGAUGUGGGUCUGAUGAACACUUCUACAAAUGGGGUGAUUGGAGUGAAAUUACUGAGUUCUCCACUAAAGAGGACAUUCCAGAAGCAGUAGAUGUUUGGAUUCAGUAUUUUGAACAAAACACGUAUGUUCUGUGGAAGCCUCUAACUCAACAACAAAGCCAUGGGACGAUUACGCAAUAUAAACUUACCAAAGGCAAGAGGAGAGAAAUCAUUGACAUAACACCAGAAACAAAGCUGUGCUACAAUAUCUCCCCUGGGAAUGAAAGAACUGAUCAAAAAAUCACAGUCUCAGCAAAAAACUCAGCUGGUCUUUCUCCUCCUUCUAUGAUCAUCGUCCCCGGUUAUCCUGACAAUGAAGUCAAUGUAAGCCAAAUCUAUAAUGGUAAUGCUGGCUUUGAAAUAGCUUGGGACGGAUACUUUAAUUCCACUUGUGGCUAUGUUGUUGAAUGGUUUCCAACCUACUAUGAGACACAAUGUGCUGUGGAAUGGAAGAAGAUCCCAGAAUGUGACCAUCCCGCCUUUUGCACCUGGAAACAGUAUGGUAUUUUUGAGGCUGGAGUGAAAUAUACUGUCUCGGUCUAUGCCUGCAUUGAUGAUAAACCAAUGCUUCUGCGGAGGAGUGAGGGAUAUGCUAUAGAGCAACGACCAUCAGGGACAGUUCAGAAUUUGAGAGGUAAACAGAAUGGCAUAAACCUUGAACUUUCCUGGGACGAAGUGCCCUUACAACAGCAAAAAGGAUUCAUAAAAAGCUACAGGGUCAUAACGUAUCGUUAUGAUUCUAAAACACCUGUUAUCACAUCAGAGACAGACGGGCCUGAAAUUAGUUUGACCUUAGAUCCAGGCUCCUACACCUUUAAUGUUAGUGCCAUUACAUCUGGAGGAUUAGGUGAUCCCGCUACAUUCAGAAUGAACAUCGAAAAAGACAUUGAGCAGAUGAUUGUGGCCACUGUUGUGGGUUUCAGUUCAGCUACUCUUGUCUUCAUUAUCAUCACAAUCCUUUGCUACAGAAAGAGAAAAUGGUUAAAGAAAUUAUUGUAUCCAGAUAUUCCUGAACCAAAACUUGCAGGUGAAUGGAAUUCAAAGGGCUUUAAGUGUACCCAGAUGACUGAGGGGUAUAUGAAGUGUGAGAUCCAUGAAGUCCACAAUUCAGAGCGUCCUGCGACAACGGAAAGUCUGCAUGGCCUUGACCUCAUCCGCUCCAACUCGACAGUGUUUCCUGCACAACAUUCCAACCAGAAUGUGUCUAAAUCUCCAGUUCUCUAUCUUCCUCUAUGGCCCUGUGCUAGGAAACUUACCUCAAUUGUUGAAAACCCUUCCUAUAAUAUGUCCAUUCUAGAACCAGUCGAUGUUGCCCAGAUAUCUGAGCUUACUCUGGAAAUGGAGGAUAGUUACCUCCCAGUUCCUAACUGUGUUCAGAAAAAUGUUGUUGUUAAAGACUCCUCAGGCUACAAGCCCCAAUCAACAUAGCCUACAAAUGUAUACUAC